GUUUCGAGACCUGCGAGCUGAAAGACCAGGCAUGAGUCCAAGGAUGGGUAAAAAAGUACUAUACCUGUGGAUAUAAAGGUUUCGAUUACGGAUGGAUUGUAUUGGUUUAUUGUCUUGCUGGACUGCUGGCCAUGCACGGGAGAGAUCUAUUUGCGCACACGCCGCAAUUAUUGGGCAUUGAGUGGAGUGGUCAUGGAGAGACAGUGAGCUCUCUCUGAGUCAUUGUUGGAUGUCCGGAAUAGCUUUUGGAUCGAAAUCAUGCGAUGUUUUGGGGUCUAUGAAAAUAUCUCCUGAAAUGGAAAUGAAUAUACAAAUAUAGAUGUCAAUUCUGUAACCCGGAGCCUGGAAUAUUACGCACAUUUCCCUCAUGGCUUUACCAAACUCCUCGGGCUCAUCUGGAGCUGACAAGCCCAACCCCAGUCUCAUCGAUCUGGGUACAUUCUUCGUGGACUCUGAUAUCAUAUUUGGAUUUACCAGUCAUCUUCUGAGGAGAAAAGCAAAGGUGGAAGGUUGUCCCAGCGGAGAGUCGCCGUUCCCUCUUGAUCUGAAUUCCAGGAAAAUACUUCACUCAUCGGAGUACGCGCGGUGUAACAGCCGGCCACCACCCGAGGGCGCUGGGUCGGUGACCGUCUCCGAGUCGGAGAGAAGGGACGGAAAAGGAAGCUUUUGCCAACAAUGUCAAAUGAAUGUGACUGAGCUGAAGAGGCAAGCGCUGGCCUUGGCAGAUCCAAGUUCACUAAAGGAUCCUGGCUACGCAGCCUUCCUAUUCGACCAGCUCCAAGUGCCUGGAAGCCAUGAUGGCUGCUGUCAGGUGUGUUCUACACCCCUUCACCAGCUGAGGCAGGAGGCCCUGCAGACAGUAGCCCUGACCCUGAGCCACGACAUGCCCGCUCUGCCCUCCUCCACCCUCUCUGGGCAGCCCCAUAAACUGACACGCUCCUCCUCCAGUGCCCAUGUGAGGCAGCCCUCCAAAGCCCACGCCCAUGCCCACACCAUCCUGCCCCUGGGGGAGAGUUGGCACAGGGGGCAGGGCUGUCCUCAGGGCUCGUCUGUCUCUGCUGGGCCCAAGACCAGUGUCCAGGUGACGGUGGGGGGAGGGCAGCUGACUGGGACCCUGGGAUCGGUCACCAUCCAGGCCCAGCAGUACCUGGAGGGCAUGUGGAGCAUCUCCAGAGUCAACAACUUCCUCCCUCAGCCCAGCCCAGCACAAGGUCUGAUGGGGGAGGCAGAGAGGGACAUCCCUGUCCCUACCUCGGAGGCCCCUGUCCCCAGCUCCAGCUGUAGCCUGACACCCAGCCGACAGAGGAGCCCCGUCCAGCUGGGACAGUGUGACGUCGCCCCCCCUGCCCCUGGCCCCACCUCCACACCCACACCCACCUCCACUCAGAGUGCAUCUGCUGCAGCCUCCUUCUUCAUCAGGGCAGCUCAGAAGCUGAACCUCUCGUCCAAGCGGAAGAAGCACCAGCCUCCCUCCCUGCUGCACUCUGGAGCCCAGGAGCCCUCCAUCUACCCCACCAACUUCAGCGGCAUCCUGCAGCUCUCGCCACCCCCCGCCCCUCCAUGCCUGCUCCGCGCCGUCUCAAAGGUCAAGGAGAACCCCGGGAUGGGAAAGGUAAAAGUGAUGAUGCGUAUCUGCCCCUCCCUGGAGGCUCCUGAUUCAUCAGAGUCCAUGUCCUUCCUGAAGGUGGACCCCAGGAAGAAGCAGCUGACCCUUUACGACCCCUCGGUCAUCGACCGCGCCAACUCAGGGCACAGGAGGGCCACAGUGGCAGUCCCAAAGAUCUUCGCCUUCGACGCAGUGUUUACCCAGGAUGCCUCUCAAGCAGAGGUGUGCUCAGGGACAGUGUCUGAGGUCAUCCAGUCUGUGGUGAACGGUGCGGACGGUUGCAUCUUCUGCUUCGGGCAUGUCAAGCUCGGCAAGACAUUCACCAUGAUUGGCAAAGACGGCUCCACCCAGAACCUCGGCAUCGUGCCCUGCGCCAUCUCCUGGCUCUUCAAACUCAUCAACGAGCGCAAAGAGAAGACGGGCACGCGCUUCUCUGUCCGUGUGUCUGCCGUGGAGAUCUGUGGGAAGGACGAGGCGCUGAAGGACCUCCUGUCUGAGGUGUCAACAGGAAGCGUGCAGGACGGACAGUCCCCAGGGGUCUACCUGCGUGAGGACCCCAUCUGUGGCACUCAGCUCCAGAACCAGAGCGAGCUCCGCGCUCCCACGGCAGAGAAGGCAGCCUUCUUCCUGGACGCGGCCAUCGCAGCACGCAGCACCAGCAGGCCCGACUCAGAUGAGGAAGAGAGACGCAACUCUCACAUGCUGUUCACGCUGCAUAUCUACCAGUACCGCAUGGAGAAGAGUGGCAAGGGAGGCAUGUCAGGCGGACGGAGCAGGCUGCACCUCAUAGACCUGGGGAGCUGUGAGAAGGUCCUUAGUAAGAGCCGAGACGGAGGGGGAGGCCUGUGUCUGUCUCUCACCGCGCUGGGAAACGUUAUCAUGGCUUUAGCCAAUGGAGCCAAGCACGUACCUUACAGGGACAGCAAACUGACGAUGCUGCUGAGAGAGUCGCUGGGGAACAUUAACUGUAGAACUACAAUGAUCGCCCACAUCUCUGACUCCCCUGCCAACUACACUGACUCCCUCACAACCAUCCAGCUGGCCUCACGCAUCCACCGCAUGAGGAAGAAGAAGUCCAAGUAUGCAUCCAGUUCCUCUGGUGGGGAGAGCUCCUGUGAGGAGGGGAGGAUCCGUCGGCCACCCCACCUCAGACCCUUCCACCCCCGGACGGUGGCCCUGGACCCGGACCUGCCCUCCCUGCUCAGCGACCCAGACUACUCCUCCAGCAGCGAACAGUCCUGUGACACCGUCAUCUAUGUGGGGCCGGGGGGCGCUGCCAUCUCUGACCGGGAACUGAGUGACAACGAGGGCCCACCCACCUUCGUUCCCAUCAUCCCCUCCCUGAACAGGAAGCGGUCUGGGAAGGAGGGCCCCCUGGACAGGGAUCACUUCUUCAAGUGCAACACGUUUGCUGAGCUGCAGGAGCGCCUGGAGUGUAUCGACGGCAGCGAGGAGCCUACAGCGUUUGUUGGAGAGGGCAUGGGAAGUCAGGCCAGCCCCAAGAUGGACAGCAAAGCAAAGGAAAGCCCUGGCUCUGUUUCCCCAAAGACUGUAACUAAAGCCUCCUCCUCCCAGGAGAGCAUAUCUCCCAAACUGGCUCCUAAAUCUGUAGCCACUCCAUCCGUCAGCCCCUCUAAGUCUAAACUGGAACAUUCCAGAGGGGUGUCACAGAGCAUAUGUAGAACAAGUGCUGAUGGUGAGAAGGUGAUGACGUCAGAGAGCAGAGCAAGCCCAAUCAAACAGGAAGUGGCCACGAUGCCAGCCUCUGAGCCAGUAGUCCGGGAGAAGGUCUACUUCAACAAGAAGCCCUUACCCAAGCCUGCUCCCCCUCCCCCACAGCAGAGAGACUCACGCAGGGGCAACAGAGCGGCAGAGGAGAGGUCCCCCACUAGAAUGCCCCCCGUGGGAAUGAGCCAUCAGGUUGGAAAACGGGGGGAAUCAGGAGACUCCCAUUUCCUUGAUAGGGCCCAGACCAGGGGACCAGUAGAGGUUUGCCAGCUGCGCUCCACCCUGAGAGAGAGGUGCCUGGACAGGGACAUUCUCCGGGCUACGGUCACCCUGCAGCAGCCUGUGGAGCUGAACGGAGAGGAUGAGCUGGUGUUCACCGUGGUGGAGGAGCUUUCCAUCGGCAGCAUCAUAGACAACGGGCGGCCCUCCAGCAUCAUCAGCUUCAACAGCGACUGCUCCCUGCAGGCCCUGGCCUCCGGCUCACGGCCCGUCAGUAUUAUCAGCAGCAUCAACGACGAGUUUGACGCCUACACAUCUGCUGUGGGGGGUGCAGAGGUCAACAUCGAGGUGCUCACCCCCUUACAGCAUGACACAUUUGUGUGUGUGGGCAGCAGGGGCUCGUCCAUCAGCUCCUGGCUCAGCGAGGUCAGCGUCUGUACUCUGGAGAGUGAAGGGGUACACUCUGCAGAUGUUUUCCUCCCACAGACUAAGCACAUCGGCCCAGAAGGCACCUUCUACCUGGAUUCCCUGGAUAUGUUCCACUGUGAAUCAUCCCGAAGGGAUGCCAAGAACUCCCUGAACGACAGCGGCUUUAGUUUUUCUGAACUGGACAGUGACAGCGCAGCAUCUAGCAAACUGUCCCUGACAAAGUGUCCUCCGUCUCCCGAGUCAACCAAAGGAUCCCUCAGAUUCCCAUCAAAAACAGCUAAAGUUAACUCUCUCAGCUCUUCCUCCCAACCCUCCCAGGGCCCUUACAUAGUCCACUCCAGUCUUCCCAAGAAAGUGAAACCUACCUCAUCAAUCGCCUAUAGUAGCAGCAGCAGUCGUGAACCACAGAGACAGGAAGUCAAGCAGGAGAACCCCUGGCAGCGCAUCGACAACCACUCUGAACCUCAGCUUCCAGACUCCAGCGCCACCAGCAAGCUCCCCAGAACCCCAGUGAGUGGCAUUCCCUGCCGCAAAGCUGGUGUUGUCAACAGCAAUGGUGUACCUCGCCCACCCAAGGUGCAGGGUUCUACCUCAGCCCAGAGGGUGGUGGAUGGCUGUGAGAAGUCCACCAGUAAGAAAGCGGAGCCCCCCAGCAAGAUGCCUCAGCUAAGACGAGGGGCCACCACCCUGGGCACUGUGCCUGUCAUCCACGUCUCCCCAGAGACCAAGGCCACAACCAAGGACAUCACCACCACAACCAACAUUCUCAAGUUCUCCUCUCUGGGAAAGAAUGGCAAGGCAAAUGGGCAGCAAGCCAGCAUGCUCCCCAAACCUGGUGGUACCUCACCUCCUCCACCUCCGGUGCGCAAGUCCAGUCUGGAUCAGAAGAACAGGCCUCUGCUGCCCCAAAGUGCCUUAAAGUUUGCGUACGGGGAAGCAGGGAGGCCCAAACUCACCAGGGGGGCGGUGUCAGAGGAUGAACUAGAGGUCCGCUGCAGAGGAGACUCCAACAGUCUCAAAACCUCCAGCCUCAGGGGUGACUACACCUCGGCCAAAGCCACUUCCAGUCUGAGGGCCAGAGGGGAUGCUGGUCGGCAGCAUUACGGCAGUCAGAUGUCUCUGGAAAGGUGUGACAGCAUGUCCAUGGUGGGCUCCAAGCCCACUCUCAGUCGAGAAAACAGUGGAGCCAGCCUGGGCUGCAGCAAGUCCAGCAGGUCCAUUCCCAGAUUCGGUGUACCAAACUCAACCAACUCUCCCGUUGCUACCUCCCCACCUUCCCCCUGUGGUGCUAUAGGUGCUCUAGGUAAACCUGGGCAGGUCAAAGGUAGUGUUAACCCCAGAUCGCUAGGAGCGGUCAAUGGAAGUAAGGCCCGUUCGUUGUCAGCGAGCAACUCUAAGGGCCUGAGCUCCUCCACCAAGUCCCUGGCAGCUCCAGCCACCAGGAACCCCAACGCCAACCUUCCCCCGACUGGCAAGACCUCCGCCCCGCGAGCCACGGCAGCUGUCAGCAGCAAGCCUGGCCGGGGGACCAUCAUGGGCACCAAGCAUGCUAUGCGGGCAGCCAACAGCCGGGUCAGUGAGCUGGCAUCAGGCAGCACAUCAGGCAAACACCUGAGGGGCUCAGGGGACUCUGACAGUGGUAAUGACAGUGGUGUGAACCUGAGUGAUGACAAGUCCCUCGUGGUCAUGCUGCCCUCCCCUUACAGUAAGAUCACAGCCCCCAGAAGGCCGCAGCGCUACAGCAGUGGCCAUGGCAGUGACAACAGCAGUGUUCUGAGUGGAGAGCUGCCCCCAGCCAUGGGCCGCACAGCCCUCUUCUACCACAGCGGGGGCAGCAGUGGUUAUGAGAGCAUGAUCCGGGACAGCGAGGCCACAGGCAGCGCCUCCUCUGCACACGACUCCAUGAGUGAGAGUGGAAUGUCCUCCUCAGGCCGCCCCAGGACAUCCAAAUCCCCCAAGAAACGCAAUGGGCUACAGCGGCGACGGCUCAUCCCGGCCCCCCUGCCAGACACCUCGUCACUGGGGAAGAAGGCUGGCACAGCUGGCCAAUGGGUGGACCUGCCGCCCAUGUCAGGACCACUGAAGGAACCCUUCGAGAUCAAGGUGUACGAGAUCGACGAUGUGGAACGGCUCCAGAGGCGACGACAGGAGGACUCAGCUGAGCAGCCAUUCCAGGAUGUUGAGAAGGGCCUGCUGUACUUCAACAGUAAGCUGAAGGUUCUGGAGCGGCGGCAGCAGCAGAUCAGGGAGCUGAAGGUCAAACAUGAGGCACUUAAGGAAGAGCUAGAGGACACCAAGACCCGGCUGAUGAUGGACCCUUGCAAGUGGAUAGGAGAGUUUGAGGUGGACCAGGAUUUGGACAAGGAGUCCCAGGAGUACCUGCAGGCCCUGGGUCAGGUCACAGAGGAGCUGGAGUUCUGUGUCAACCUAUGCAAGUCACGUGUCAUGAUGGUGACCUGCUUCGACAUCAGUGUUGCAUCACCGGCUGACACUCAAGAGGGACUGCGAGAAGUGGAAGUCUGAGAAUGAGCAAAAGAAGAGAUGGAGAAUCGAGGAAGUGAGAAAGGAAGAAUGAUGAAAUGUAGCAGCCAGUUCAUAGUUAUUGCUGGAAUGAAGUGACAAGAAAAACAAAAAAGACAAAAGAUGAGACAAACGGGACGGGUGUCUUUGCAUGGAGACAGGAGAUCUGAGCCGACUUAUCUGCAGUGCCUCGUUCUGGACAUGUUCAUGUUGGAAUGGGAGAUAAAUGUGUACACAGACACAACUGUUACUGUGUUCAAGCAUGAUGAGAGAGAGGCCAUCAUUUACCCAAGAGUCAUUCAACGACACCCAGAAGUGCCUUUUUCACUCGACUUAUUUUGAGUCAUUAUUUUUUGUAUGGCGCUAGUAUCAUAACCAGCAUACCUAAGCAAACCCUGAACAUAUUCCUUUUAAGAAAUAAUUAUUUUAUAUUGCAUUGUAUAGUGUAUUUAUAUGAUUAUGCUAUGUGUAAAAUAUAAUUUGUAGGUUAAAAAAGAAAAAGAAGAAGAGCAAUAAGCUAAUGUUAUUGCGUUCCCAAACCUUGCCUUUUCUCAUGUUUCAAACCAACCUCAGUCAGCAUUUUGCCCAUGUUUAUCCAGCCUCUUGCGCCUUAUGUUAUCUUUCUGGUUCAGUAGUCUACCUUUUAAAACAGGUCUAUGUUAUCUUGUCAAUGACUCAAUUUGCUGUUAUAGGCCUGAUUACGCCCCAGUGGAGGUGCUGAGAUGGGUGAUGGUGGAGGUGUAGAGAGGGGGAGAGGAAAGUAUGUGGUAUGUGGGGCUGAGCUGUGUUUGCCCUUGUUUAUUUAAUUGGAGAUGUGGCAACAGCAGAACACAUCAAUCAGAGGGGCCACCAUACAGGGCCUGCUUCCAACAGGCUGUGUGUACGCUAUGAUUCAUGGGUGUGACAGUUGGCUCUCCCCAUUGCUCUGUGCUAGGGGUGUCCAGAGUCACCCUGACAGACCUCCCUCACCCUCCCUGUGCCACCAGAGCGAUGGGGAAAGCAUGCUGAUUAUUAUUCCCAGGCACAGAGGUGCUCGUCAGUGUGCCCAUUUUAUCCAUAGAUGGGCCUCGACUGGGUUCAACUGACACAAACAAAAUGGCAUAGAUGAGAUGCCACAAGCAAGGGUCAUUCUACGGCCAUUUUGUGGUGUGCUCUUUUAAGUGGUGCCAUGCCUUGGUUCUAUGCAUUCCAACAUACUCACUUCCACUAUGAGAAGAACCUCCAUAAAGCACUAAGAUCAACAGCACAGACAGUUUGCAAUGACUCAGAACCCUCUCUGAGUUAUGCUUCAAAGCUACACAUAUACAUCCUUCUACUUUCUUUAAUAAUUUAACCGGAUGUCUCAAUCAAAGACUAGGAUAGGCUCCAAGAGGACAUUGUCCUAAAUAAAGGCCAUGAAAAAUUACAGUUUCCUGUGUAUACAUGCAGUGAAGCAAUUGCAGUCUUCAGAUUUAGAUGUUGUUUGGCAAAUACAAUCAAUCAACUUGCUGUAUGUAGCUGCCAGAAUCUUAAUGUCUGAAUAACUUCUCUGAAAACGGUGUGGACAAAGAAGAUUAACUGGUUUUGGUUAUCUAGAGUAAGAAACUGGCUUUGGUUGUAUUUUGAUGUGUUUGAUUUAUAUAACUAAAUAUUCAUUUGUUUUCUUUCCUCUUACAAAGUUAUACCCUCAGGCCCUUUCUGAAGAUGCUGCAUGAGAUUUUGUAUUCAUUUGUAAGAAUGAUUUCUAUUCCAUUUUUACCAUUUUGAUUUUUAUAAUAUCUUUGGCUCUCCCUCAUGUCGGGUUAGUUUCAUGAGUUAAAUGACUAUUACCAAACUGAAUUAAUUUUUCAAGAAAGUUGAUGUAUGUCAUAUUUCAUAUCAAAACCCAUAUUUUCUAAUGUCCUUGGUUUUGUAUAGGUUUUUCUGACCCUGUGUACAAAUGUAUGAUAUGGCAGCUCGUGUUGAGUUUUAUCUGUGAAUAAAAUGUUUCUUCUUA